UUAUACUUGUCAGAACUCAAACAACCACGGCAUUUACAUAAAUUCAUACUAAGUAAUCCGAGUCACUGCCACUGGUGACUGCCAGUGCAUAUAUGGAUUACUCCAGUCAAUGAUGCCCGUUGAAUCACUUCAAGGUUCACUACACCUUAGGCAUGUCCUACAAGCAAGCAUUCAGGCGUUCGACUCGGACGAAGAGAGCUUCGAAGAAGGCAUUGAAAUGCUUCGCGCUCUUCUCCCAGACACAAUGAUCGUAGCUGCUUUGGACAUUAUUGAUCGCGAAGGUGUCAUAAAGUACAAGACCUCUUGGGGCCGGUACCACUACGAAGUUCUGGGCACCACUUCAACAUACACCGUCUUUCCGCACCUCGAUGUUGUAUCUACUGCUGUGUCCAGUUAUUGCACCUGCCCAUCAUUCGCAUACGCAGUGUUAAUAUCCGAGAACCAUCUUAUGUGCAAACAUGUCUUGGCGGUAUGCCUUGCAGAUAGGUGGUCUCGUUGUGUCAUGCGUCCGAUCGAAGAUGACGACUUACUGUUGAAAUUUGCGGGACACGUCUCUCCAUAGACAUUCGCCCGAUCAUAGAUUUCCCUAGUAUAAUCGCACGAUUAUCACCGUGAAGACCAUGAAUCGGCUUCCGGACAACCUGUUUUUCGAUCAGGGUGCAGACUAUGGCCGAACAAUAUAUUACAUGAUAGUCCAAGAUUAGAGUUUUACAAGUACAUCCUGGCCCGCAGAGCGAACCCCAGUGCUGCCCCACAGCAAUUUAGGUCGAUGAUAGUCCGGAACGGAAUUAGACCUACAACGAUGAUGAUGAUAAUGUUUGGGUAAAGAGCCAACAGAACAAAAGUGUUGA